GGAUUAAAUUCUUGCCUUUACUAUGAGAAUAAGAAUUUUGCUAAAAACGUUUCACUUGUUCCGACAUCCGCUAUUACUGGAGAGGGUAUCCCUGAUAUGCUCAUGCUAUUAGUCAACCUAACUCAAACUAGGAUGAGCGAUAAAUUAAUGUACUUAUCUGAAUUGGAGUGCACAGUUUUGGAAGUUAAAGUGAUUGAAGGCCUUGGUACGACCAUCGAUGUCGUUCUUUCCAAUGGUGUUUUAAACGAGGGCGAUAAAAUUGUUCUUUGUGGUCUUAAUGGGCCUAUCGUUACAACCAUUCGUGCAUUGCUAACACCACAGCCAUUGAGAGAACUUCGUGUUAAGUCUGCAUAUGUUCAUCAUAAAAGUGUGAAAGCUGCACUUGGUGUUAAAAUCUCAGCGCAAGACCUUGAGAAAGCGAUCGCAGGUUCUCGACUUAUGGUUUGUGGGCCUGACGAUGAUGAAGACGAACUCAAGGAAGAAAUAAUGUCAGAUCUAACGAGCUUGUUGAACUCCGUUGAUAAGUCAGGCAGAGGUGUAUGUGUGCAGGCAUCCACAUUGGGUUCUCUAGAAGCACUUUUGGAAUUCUUGAGAGUAUCAAAGAUCCCAGUGUCGGGUAUAAACAUUGGCCCCGUACAUAAAAAAGACGUCAUGCGCGCAGCUACUAUGCUAGAAAAAGUUAGGGAGCUUGCUGUUAUUUUGUGCUUUGAUGUUAAAGUUGAAAAAGAAGCACAAGAUUUGGCAAAAGAACUGGGAAUCAAAAUUUUUGAAGCAGAUAUUAUUUAUCAUUUGUUUGAUCAAUUUACAGCGUACAACAAGGAUAUUCUGGAGCAAAAGAGAAAAGAUCAAGCACCCCAGGCUGUUUUUCCUUGUGUUCUUAAAAUUGUACCUGGAGCCAUCUUUAAUAAAAGAGAUCCUAUAAUCCUAGGUGUUGAUGUUGUUGAAGGUGUUUUAAGAACCGGAACUCCCAUAUGUGUCGUAAAAACAGACCCCGAAACUAAGACGCGAGAAAUUAUAAGUCUUGGUAAAGUCGCAAGCAUGGAGCAGAAUCACAAAUCGGUAGAUAUUAUUAAAAAAGGUCGGUCCGGUGGCGGUGUUGCAAUUAAAUUGGAGUGUCCAGGGUAUGAAACCCCAAAGAUGUUUGGAAGGCAUUUUACCGAAAGUGAUGAGUUAUAUAGUAGAAUUUCACGCCAAUCUAUUAACGUGUUAAAGGAAUCAUUUCGAAAUGAUGUAAGCAACGAAGAAUGGGCUUUAAUAGUCAAGCUGAAAAAGAUUUUAAGCAUUGAUUAG